GCAUGCGUAGUCUGCCGCUCCCCUCCCCCCUCCCCCUUCCCCCAUCCGAGAGCUAAAGACGCAGUCUGCCAUAUUGGUUUACUUAACUCCGUAACUGAGCUUCUAGUUUCAACAAAAUGGGUCGGAAAAAGAAGAAGCAGACGAAGCCCUGGUGUUGGUACUGCAAUAGGGAAUUUGAUGACGAAAAAAUUUUGAUUCAGCACCAGAAGGCGAAACAUUUUAAAUGUCAUAUAUGUCAUAAAAGAUUAUAUACGGGUCCAGGUUUAUCCAUCCACUGUAUGCAGGUUCACAAAGAGACGAUAGACAAAGUUCCAAAUGCUUUACCUAAUCGUAAUAAUAUAGAAAUAGAAAUAUAUGGUAUGGAAGGUAUUCCGGAAGAAGACCUGAAAGACCACGAAAGACAGCGCGCCGGUAGAGUAGGGGGCGGGAACAAGAGGCAGGACGAUGAAGAUGACGAAGAUUCCCAGUCUAGUCUACCUGGUCAGUCUAACCCACCCCCACCAACUAUGCCUCCUCAGGGACCACCAGGUCCAAUGGGCCCCAUGAUGGGACCAACUGGUCCCAUGAUGCCAAUGAUGGGCCCAAUGGGUCCAAUGGGUCAUAUGCCGCCAUUCAUGGGUGGACCAGGUAUGAUGGGCCCUAUGGGUCCAAUGGGGCCUUUACCCCCACCAGGCGGGCCCCCGGUCAGCACCGCUCCCGGUGCUACGCCCGCACCCAAUAAACCCCUCUUCCCCUCUGCUGCACAGCAUACCACCACAGCCAAUAAUCAGAUUGGCCCCGUCAAACCUGCGUUUCCAGCGUAUAGUCAAGCUAACGGUCAGUCGACGCCAAAUGUCAUGUCUUCAGGUGGGGGAGGAGGUGUGCAUCAGGAAAAAUUAGAACCUAAGAAGCCUGCGUUAAUAACCACGGUGUCGGCGAAUUCCCGCAUCAUUCAUCCGGAAGAGGACAUCUCUCUGGUUGCUCCCCUCUUGGUGCCACAGGAAGAGAAGCGGGCAGGUAUGCCUCGGUACCAGCAGGCUCCCCGAGUCUCUCCCCAGAGGGCUCGGGCUCCAGCCCCGGCUCCACCUCCGCAGCGCGUGGAGUCUCCACCCGUGAGUACUGCACCUUCACAUCUCUCUCAUCUUGUGCCUGCCUGCCUGGACCAUUUCUACCCACCGGCGAUGUGUCUAGACACACAGGAGGAGCGUCGCAUGAAGAUGGCGAGGUACAGCCAGGCCAGUGCUGCAGCAGCAGCCAUGGCUAUGGGUGGGAUGGUGACCCACCACCCAGCGGUACGUCAGGCUCACCCUGGAGUGGUGGUAGAGGCCCAGCCUAUAGUUUCCACUAUAGGCCCCAGCAUGGUGACAACCAUGUCCCAAGCCAUGGUUCCCACAGGCCAUGUUGCUUUACCUGUUACCAUACCUGCCAUAAUGCGGCCAAGCAUGCAGCCAAUAAUGACGCAGCCAAUGGUCUCAGCUGGCGUGCCUACCCUUCCUGCAGUGCCUGCGGGUAUGCCCCCCCUCCCCAUUGGAGGUAUGAGACCACCCAUAGGUAUACCACAAGCGUGCGCAGCACAUCAUUACCGCUUGCCAGUACAUACAAGCUUGCCAAGAAUCUUUAAAAUUGCAGAUAGGGCGCGAAGCGCCGUUCCGCCACCCCCUUACGGUUUGGGGAUGUUAGGCUACAGUACACGAGACUACGUAGCUAGCCUAGGCUCGGGCCCGUACCUCCUCGUUCGGGGGGAUCAUGGGACAACUCUGCAAGCCCCAGGACAGAUGACCCACGGGUUUGCUGCACCACCUAUGAUGGGUGCCCCUAUGAUGGGUGGGCCACACAUGAUCCCACGCUUCAGGUGACUAUCAGGUCCCGGUAUGUAGGCAGCAGGUAGGAUGCAGAAAAGGAUGGCCAUAAGAAGCAGCAGCAGCAGCAGCAGCAGGUCGGCGCUGGUGAGGCAACACACGCAUGCCCUCAUCAUGACUGAUAGUCAGCUCCUCACCGACCCUCCCUCGCUCGCUCGCUAAGCACACUAGCGCAGUCAAUCAGUAACUAAGUUGCUCUGUGUGUUAAACCAACAGCCCUGGGAUUAAUCGAACGUCAUCUUCUCUGAGACCUUAAAACAGCACUCAUGCUAAAUGAUUCUAUGUCCAGAUUUAGGCAGUUUUGACUUGAGUUAAUGGAGAUAGCAAGGACAGAUUAUGUGCCAUGGGUGAUGUUUUUGCAGUAUAGGAAUAAAAUUUCUUUCUUUAAACGUUUUAUUUUGUAAUGUCUGAUCAUUUCAUUCUUGAAUGUUGAGUGAAAAGGUGGUUGAUUCCUUGUUAUAUGUUGGUUUUGCAUCACAGCUUGGUUAGUCCUGUGUGGACGAGCUAACACUGCAUCACUGCAGCAGGCAUCUGUUAUUAUCAAUUGUUACUGACUUCUUUGUCUCUUAUUACUCUGAUCAGUGUUGAAAUGUUUAUCCACAAGACUGUCGUUUGUGUGCCGCCCACGUGGAACUUAUGUUUGAGCAAGUGGUGCUUGUAUACUUGCUCUUGUAUACUUGCUUCUUGGGAUCUACACUUAUUGUAUGUAUUUUGCCCUCCAGACCAGCUCAAGUGUGCGACGAAAUUGGCUCCGCAAAGGGAUCCAGCGCACUUUCCUGCGUGAGCUUAUUUAUUUUUAUUUUAUUUUUCCAUGAUCUAAUUCACCAUGUUAUUGCUUUGAAUUGGUUGUUGAGUUAGAAAUUGAAGCCCAUGCAAGGAUGGUGCAAGAGGGGCCUUUGGGAGUCUUUUCUGGUACCAACUUGAUGUGGGGUGGAGGAUUGAGGCUUGACUGUCUUAUUAUUAUUCUUGGAGCGUUCAGGCACUUGUAUUAUAGUGUUUUAGGUUUUAUCAUUCGUUUGAGUGAUCAUUGUGUAUUUGUGAAUUUUUCUCUUUAAGGUAAGAUACUGUCUAGCCAAUAAGGUAAGAAUGUUUAGUUUAGAUAUGGUAGUUCUUCACAAAGCACUGUUGGAUAAUAAUUCUACCAAUACAGAUUUUUAAUACAGGUUAGUCCAUUUAUAUAAUUUUUUCAUUAAUAUUUUCUUUGCAACUUGUACAAAUACUUGUUAUAAAAUGUUUGAAAGGGAGAUCCCAUUUAAAACCCGUAAGUACAUUUUUGUAUUUAAUAAUCAUUAUCAAUGCCAGAUUAUUGACAUGGAUUCAUCAUGAGCUUUGUUAACAUAUGAUCACAUGUUCUCUGUAUGUUGUGAAAUAAAUACAAAUUCAGUUUGUCAGUCUCUUUGUUUCAAGCUUUUAUAUUUUGUUAUAAUGCAUAUAUAAAUUCUAGAUUCUUUUGAAAGUAAUGAUUAUUUUUUUUUUUGUAUUGUUACUUGAAAAGGUGGAAAGAGUGGAGCAAUCGAACUGUCAUUGUGGGAAAUCCAAAACAGGUGAGCCCAAACGAGAGGACGCGAGGCUGGGAAUAGGCGAGAAUAUCAUUUCAUUAUUGUUGGUACUCCUGUUGAGUAGUCUGACAGUUCUACGCUGGAAGUUGUUUCAGCAGAGCAUGCUGGCUGUUGUCUCUCAGUCAUAGCUAUGGACAUCAUUCAGAUAUACCUAUUAGGUUAUGCAAACAUUUUUUAUAGUAUAUACUAAAGAUUUUUUUUUUCUUUUAUAUAUAUAUAUAUAUUUUUUUAUAUUUUAUUUUUUUUAUUUUUUGUCGUAUCCAUAGCUAUGUUGUACAGAGGCAGCAUCUUUGUAACGCUGAAACAUUUGCAGUGGUAAGACUGUGAGUCCUCACUCGCUAGUGUGCAUGGAAUUUUCAAAUAUUCAAAUAACACUCAAGAGAAUUAUGACUUUACUUUGAACCCAUAGUGGGUACAAAAUGUGCAUGUAAAGGUCAUAUUAAGGGUUACAAAAGUUUUUGGGGCGCCUAUCUAAUGAUGGCUGGCCACAGAGGGUGUCGGGGCAAGGUAAUGCUUUCAUAUGUAUGUUUGUUUUGGUUUUGUUCAGAUAUGAUCAUUAUCAUUUUGAUUUUUGUAAGAUUCGUUUGCAUAAGUUAUUAGUUCCUGUGAUUGUUGCCUUUCCUUAUCCUUGUUUGUCUGAUAAAGAAAUGUCUUAAUUUAAUCUUAAGUAUUUUUUGUUCCAAGAAGAUUCUAUUGUAGCUAUAAUUUUUUUAUCGCAAACUUUAAAUUUGUUUGCUUUGCCAUGCCUCGACUUCUCAAACAACUAACAACCAAUUGAGACAUUCCAGUACACUUGGCAGUGGUGAGACCAGUUUCAGUUUUUCCCAGCUUGCAGCCUCUCAGGAGCCCUGUUACGUCUCCGCAUGGCCGCAGCAGCCCGCUCUUUAAUUAGCUUGUUGGUGAUGGUGAAUCUGGGAAGUGAGGCCACAUUCUUAGUUUUGGGGCCCAUGAGUAAUUCUCACUCGCCACACUCAUCGGCAUUGGCCAAUGUGUACAUGUGUAUGAUUGUGAUCUGUGUAAAUGUGCGCACACGUUGCUGCUUAUCAGGCGAUUACUCAAAACCCCCAAUGUAGGUUAUUUUUUUAUUUUAUUUUUUAUUUUUUUCCUCCAUGUGUAGGAGUUUUAAUAUGUACAGUUUCCAAGUUUACUCUUAAUUUCACUAAUGUUGUGAGCUUUAUAAUGAUUUUUAAUUAUUUACUUUUUUUGUGUGGAGAAUGUUGGUAUAUCCUCUCGUGUUCCAUGUGGUGAGGGUGGUUUGAGUGAGAUUGACUCCAGUUGGCCUUGUUGCUCAAGUAGCCCCUAGAAGCCCCCAAUAUGAAUGUGUUCAGUCUUCCAGCAGCCACCAGGUAGGCCGAAUUCACAGCACCAGGGGCUGUUGGGAGUCUGUCCCCCAACCGGAUGUGGUUUGGUGAUUCAUUCACAGCCUGUCACGGUGCUGUUGGACCUCUGUCCCCAGCCCCCUGUAGUACAUUGGGGGCUUGGUGAAUUCCAUCUCACACUAUCCUCUGUGUCGUAACGUGUUAGGCAUCACUGCUCACCUGGGUUAAGCACUAACCUCUGGCUGCUGCCUCUGGGUGACAAGCAGCCAGCACAUCAAGCAGGUUAGCUUUGCUGGUGGUGGAAGCGGUUGCUGUAUGGUCCCAGAUUCAAGAUGGUGUGGCUGCAGUGUUGUUGAGAAAACUACCAGUCCUCAACAGGGACCUACUUAUUGCCACCCGCCUUCCAGAGCUUAAGUGAAAGGUACUGAUCUUCUUUGUUAAAUGGUGGUUUGGGGAGAGAAGUCUGACAUUCACUGUACUGUACAAGCUUUUAGAGGGUUUGAGCAUGAAUGGUUCAACUAGCGAGAUGAAGACCUAGAAAAUUUUUAUCCCCUUAGAUAAACAUUCUUCAAAUUUCACAAAUUAGCAAGCUGACAGUCUCUUAAAUACAUUACCUACAAUUUCUUUUACCAUUUUUGUACUCCGCUGAAAGGUGGCUUGCACAUUGCUCUCCUGGUUGCUUAUUAUAUAAUACAUCUUACAUCCUGCACUAUUUGUCAUUUCAAUAGUAAAGUCAAUAUUUGUCCUCUGUUUGACUGAUCAAAGUUUAACUGUUGGCUAGCUUGUCUGUCUUACUUGGUUCUGCUCUGUAGUUCAGGCUUCUUGAACAAGGCCCAAUGCAGAGGAUUAAAAAACGAUUCGGUACCAUUACUAAAAAAAAAUUUUUAACCAUUCAAUUUGUAGAUCAGCCAUUUACAAUUUUACUUCUUUAUAUAUUAGCUGGUCCAAAAAGGGUUUCAUCAUUCUAAUGCAGCAGCAGAGAUGAUAGCAUUCCUUAUUUUGAAAAGUAAAGUAUUACAAAUUGACAUACAACAAAAUUUAAGAAGGGGGAGUUACUUUGUAGCUCUGGAUUAAUUAAUGUAAUCUUGAAUCAGCUAUUGGUACUGUACGAAUUUUUCGACGUGCUUCCUGUUGACUGAGCAUUGAAUGUUUCUACAUGACAUAAACUCAUUUAGUUUCAUUGACUUGGUUGUGGUAUACGAAAAAAAGUGUGGAAAGUAAGAGAGGCUUUGUAUUUAGAAUCUUCUUUUACGUGUAGAUUACAAUCUGAGAGCUAAUUAUUGAUGGCAAGAAUUUCAGGAUUCUUUAAAACUAAAUGAAUGCAAUCCCAGGGUUUUUGUUUAUUUUCUUCUUCCACCAAUUUGGUCUUAAAAUUGUGUUCCCAUUUCCCUGCAGUAAAGUGUUAAAUUCAUAGGCUUGCUUCAAAAUUCUACUGUUGCUCUUAAAAGGUUUCAACUUUUAUAAUAAAUUUCAUUUUCAUAUAUAUGGAAACAAAGUGGACUUCCUUCAAAACACCUCCUUGAGUGUUUUGUCGAGUACUGUAGCAGGAAUUGCACGAGACCACCUGAAAGGUCAAGAAAAUUUUUUUUGUAAAAAAAAAUGUUUAUUGUAGGUUCGGUAAUUCAGCAACCGAAAAAUAUCCUAUUCACAAGGUUAUUUCAACUAAAUUCAAGGAAUUUCUAUUAAAUUGUUAAUUUCCAUAGCCAGUCUCUCUCUCUCUCUCUCUCUCUCUCUCUCUCUCUCUCUCUCUCUCUCUCUCUCUCUCUCUCUCUCUCUCUCUCUCUCUCUCUCUCGCUGAAGCUUAUCAAUUUUUAUUUUUCUUAAUUUACCGUUUCAAGAAGAUGACAACCCCUGUCCUCCCCAUACCUUCCUACAUCACAAGAUUAACAGCUGAAAUACAAUGACAUUAGUUCAUUGGGUCCAUGGAUUUAUCCCCAACAAUAAAAAAUGUUUCCACAGUUUUCACAAACGGCAGGUAGUCCCCUUUCCCAGUUCACAAUUUGUUCAUUAUUGAAGUGGAAAUCUGCAGUGACUUCAUGUUUUCAAAAUUCAAUUAGUACUUUGUUGUACGUUGUACUUUUCUUGUCGUGCAAUAUUUUCUUGUAAGAUUAACUUGAUCAAUUACCGUGAAGUGUAUUGACAAAGGACUGAGAUCAGAAGUAUUGUAUAUUAAAAAAUGUCACGACCUUUAAAAAUAGCCCCACACAAGGUGAAGUGUUAUUUUGAGAAUAAGUUUGUUUAGGUGACACAGGAGUAGAUUUUAAAACAGUGUAAUGUUUAAUUUUAUUUAACUUUUUUUUUCUACUGAAGUUAUUUUUCCGUUUUAUAUAAAAAUGAGAAACUUAAUACUGUCUUACGUUUUUAUUUCUGCUAAACAGCACCUUUCUUGGUAUCUUACAAUGUCCUCUUUAACUUUUGAUAGAGGGUUUUCGGUUUUUCGGGGAAAUCAUAUUGACCUCAUUCAUUGGGCUAACUAUUGUAGUUGUGCUUUUUCCUCUUUUUAACUUGAUUCGGUUGGCUGGGGUCGAGUGCGUCUCCAGGGACUGAUUAUAAUUGUGAGUAUUUCAAGUUGGCAGGCGAAGCAGAAGCCAGCGCAGAUGAUUCCUGUUUGUUUGUAUCCCCAGGUAGAACUGUAUUGCAGCGCUGCAAAUGUAGAAUAAAUUUGAGAGUGAUAACUGUAUGUAUUAGUCAAAUAAAAUUAUAAAAAAUGUU